CCCGAUCCUCCAGCUCAGCAAGAGACCGCUCCGGAGAGACGUCACAGAGUGGGAAAACUCCACCAUGAAGAGCGGGUUGAUCUUUUUCACCGGUGUGUUUGUUCUAGUCCUGCAAGGAAACCAUGCAGUCCCCAAGUCGAAGGUCCUGUUGAACAAUGGAAAGGACAGCUCCUCUGAACAGGACACUAAUGAGCCAAUGGAUUUGAACCUAGAUCCACUGGAAAAAGACACCCUCAUGAAGGCAUUUUAUCCUGAAGUCCCGGCUUUCCAUGCCCUUACAGUUCCAGGUCCCGAGGAGGACCCCUUUUACCACUUACGUUCCCGGCUGGAUGGGCCUGAGGAAGAUAAGGACCAAAUCCACCACUCCGACAGCGGGGAAGAUGUCAUUCCGGAGACCGAGCCGCUGAGGGUUCUUCUUCAUGAGACCCUGUAUGGGCCCGAGAAAGACAGGGACCGGUUCUAUCACGCUGAAGACAACUAAGAAUCGGCUCCUCAAGUCCCAAGACUCUCUAGAAGAGAGCAAGCUGCUUUCUGCCUGCUUCCUCUUUUUUCCUAACCUGUCUGUUGUGUCUCCAAACCUCCUUUAAUACGGCAUCUUGGAAGGAUAAUGGCACUCUUCCUCAUCCCCAUCCCACCCCACCUCCCAUUCCCCUCUGGCCUGGUCCGUCUUUCUGGCCUGUUCAUUUCAGGACUAGAAUGCCGACCGUUUAGUACACUGCCUCAGCUUUCUGUAGAGCAGUGAGUUUCCUGCUGCUGCGGCUGAUGAUGAUGAUAAAGCUUCU